AUGAGUCAGCAACCAAAUCCCUGUGAUAAUUAUAACAUGACAACAUCAAUAAACAGCAUCGACAAUGAUCGAACAACGUCGGAAUCUGUGCCAUGUCUUUUGUUGAAAAAUGGCACGGAUGUCCCCAAUAAGAAAAUCCUUCACAAGGCCAGAAAAGUAAAUCGUGAAUCCAUCCUAUUCAUUUGGUUAGAUUUACAAUCACAAUCAACGCCGGCAUUUAUCCAUUCGCUUCGAGCAAUUAAUGAUAGAGUUCAAAUCUAUAGUGACGAAUCAACCUGUCUAGACGCAUUGAAAACUUCGCAAGAUAAGAUCUUUUUCAUAUCGGCGUCGAGUAACCAAGAAUUAAUUGCAAAAUUGAAUGCUAUUGAAAGUAUUGAGGCCAUAUUUGUACCUGAUUCUGACGUCACUUUUAUCAAAGGCGAAUACACUAAGCUGCUAGGUUUCUUUCCUGACAUAUUAGGACUCCUUUUAAUUCUUAAGGAGAAACUCGAAAGAUUUAAAAAAAUUAUGCUAGAAACAUUCCUGUUUGAACAAGAUAAUCUAUUUCAAUGGUUACAAUCUUGGAAGGAAGAGUUGACAAGCCAACAGAUUCCAGCGAAUAACAGAAAACGGUUUCUCAAGAUGGCACGUGCUUACUAUCGACGUAAUCCGACAAUGAGGAGUCUUAUCAAUGAAUUUAAACAAAGAUACCAUCCAAAAGAUGCUCUCAGUUGGUGUCUCCUAUCUCCAUUUCCGUCAUGCUUAAUUAGACAUGCUUUUCUGAAAUGUCAUACGGAGCAGCUCAAUCUUUAUCGAUUCCUAAUCGCUGAUACGUCGCGAUCGAUACAAAUACAUUCUAACUUUACUAAAGAUCUUCAACUUUAUCGAGGGAUGAAAUUAACAAGGCAAAUGGUCGAUACAUUCGCAAUAAACACUGGCAAAAUUGUGUGCGCUUCUGGAUUUUUUACUUGUAUAAAGUCAAGAGCAACAGCUUUGGAUCUGGCUUUGUCGCCUGAAUACCGAUCUGAUCAUACGUCGGUUUUAUUCAAGAUUCAUUGCAAUUCGUCGUCUUAUUUUGCUGAAAUCCCAUCAGACAACCGCGAAUUAUCUUUUGUCUUCGAUCUUGGUGUGAAUUUUCGCAUAAUAUUUAUUAAUCGAGGUAAAAUGACAGUCAUCAAGAUGCGAACAGUGCCCGACGAAGAUGACAAACUGUCACAAACAUAUAAAAAUAAUCAUAGACGAGCGACCAUUCAGACCUUGUUCGACGAACUGUUAGCUUCUUCAAAGCCCUUAAUAUCUCUCCCAUUAAACCCACUAUCAUCUCAUUCUUCAAGGCCACCUUCAUCUCCUUCUUCAAAGGCAGUACUAAUUCCAACUUCGAAACCGCUAUCAUCUCAUUUUUCAAGGCCACUAUUAGCUCCUUCUUCAACAUCUUUAUCCCCUCUUCUUCCAGAGACACUACCACAUCUAUUUUUAAAGCCACACUCAUCUAAAGUUUCAACGUCCCCAAUAAGUCAUUCCCCAAAGCAAUCAUCCCUUCCUCCUUUAACAUCAUUGUCAUUACCUUUUUCAAAGUCGAAGGUAAACUCUCUUUCGCCAUCGCUCUUACCUCCUUCCUCCAUGCAGCUACCGAUUCAUGCAUUAGAGCAGCUACCAUGCCCUUCCCCAGCACCACCAUUAGCUGCUCUCCAAAAACCACCCCCAGGCCCUCCAACAAAGCGUCUCUUUAAUCAGUCUACAAAAACCCAACCACAUCAUGCCUCAAAACGCCGAUUUCCGUCUUAUUCGAAGUCACAACCACCUCCAACUCCACGCCGACUACACCCUCCAUCUUUAAGACCAACAUCACCUCCUGGUUUAAAAACAAGAUUCCCUCCUUCUCUAAAGCCAAUAUCACGAUCUUCAUCAGCACCACUAUUUCCUCCACAUUUAAAAAUCUUAAACCUUCGUCCUCCAAAGCAAUCUUUACGCCCUUCUUCAACACCACUAUUCCAUUCUUCUCUGAACCAGCUACUAUUUCCGCAUGCAAAAUCGUUGUCAAUUGUUCCAUUGAACCCUGCAUUUCCUACUACUUCAACAACGCAACCAACUGUAGCUUCAAAAUCCCGUCCAACUCCUACUUCAAAGUCACAACCACUACCGCCUACAAAGCUGCAACCAAAGGCUACCUCGAAGCGCCCACCGCUUGAUACGUCAAGGUCACAACCGCCUACUAUUUCAACAUCACAACUACUAGAUGCUUCAAAGUCGCAACCAACUGCGAUCUCCAAGUCGAAAUCAAUCCCUACUUCAAAACCGAAAGUACCAUCUCUUUUAAAGGAUCCACCAAUUAGUAAGCCAACGUCACAACAGCCAGUAGCUUCAAUGUCAGAACCCCUUCCCGCUUCAGAAACAGAAUCAUCCUCUAUUCUAGUACCACAAUCACAAGCUGUUUCAAAAAUACAAUCUUCUUCUGUCUCAGAACCAGAACCGCCUCCUUUUCCAGAAUCACAACCACAUCGUACUGCAGAGCCACAAGCACCUCCGGCAAAAAAUUUAAAGUCAUUUCCAACUUCCAAACGAAAGCCACCACCUAUUUCAAAAUCAGGAGCACUACCUGCUGCGAAACCAACACUAGGCCAUACUUCGAAAACAAAACCACCAACUGUCGCAGAAGUUGGAGUAACUGAUCCUUCAAAACCACACUCGCUUCUUUCCUCAAAACUACAGUCAUCUUCUUCAGAAACAGUGCAACCCCCAGCUUUAGAGCCGGAACCACACGUUCUUGUAGAACCAGGGAAACCUGCGGCAUCAAGGCCGAAGCAAGUUCCCAUUUCAAAACCAAGACCAACUGCUGCUUCAAAACCGCAGCCUCCACAGGCUCCGAAAAAGAAAGUACUUCUUACCUCGAAAUCUAAACCACACCCUAUUUCAGAAGCAGAAUCAACAACUGUUUCACAAACAGUACCACCUCCAGUUUCAGAGCAAGAAACAUAUGUUGUUUUAGAAUCACAACGAACUUCGCGGCAAAAACCGAGCUCACUUCCCAUUUCGAAACCGCAGCCACCUCCCACUUCAAAAGCACAAGCAACUGCUGCUUCAAAACCCCGGCCCGCACCGGCUCUGAGAAAAAAAGUAACAUCUACGUCGAAACUACAGCUACCCACUGUUUUACAAGCGCAUCCUCCUACAACCGCACAGGAAAAUGCAGCUCCCAAAUCAAAAUCACAACCAGUUCCUGCUUCAGAAACAUUGCCACCACCGGUUUCAGACUCAGAACCAGAUUUCGCUGUCGAAUCAGAACUAUCUCGAGUGUCAAACGCCAAGCCAACUACUGCUGCAACAACACAACCGGCUGUUGCUUCGAAGUUGCACGCGCCUCCUUCAGAAACAUUGAUAGGUACAGUGUCAGAUCCAAAAACACAUGCGAUUUUAAAACCAGAAGAAUCUCCGCCAUCAAACUCGAAGCUACCUGUUGCUUCGGAAGCACAUCCACCUCCGACAUCGGAAAAAAACGCAGUUCCUACUUCGAAAUCAAAACCACCACAUCUUUCAGCAGAACAAGAAACUCCUUCUUCAGAAGUUCAACCAGUAGCUGCUUCAAAAUCACGACCCCAACAGGCUCAGCAAAAGAAAGUAGUUCUUACGUCGAAAUCAAAACUGCAUGCUCCCUCAGAAAAAUUACCACCUUCAGUGGCAAAACAAGAACCACAUGCUGAUUUAGAGGCAGAACGACCUACGGAGCCGAACCCAAAGCAACCUGCUCCUUCGGAAGCAAAUCCACCUCAGACAUCAGAAGAAAGCGCAGUUCCCACUUCGAAAUCACAACCACAGUCAUUUCCUGCUACGAAGCUACAACCAACCCCAACUUUCAAGGCACGUUUGCCUCCCGCUAAGAAGUCGAAAAUGGCUCCUACUUCGAAACUGCAGCCACCUCCUGUUUCGGAACCACAAGCAGCUCCUGCCUUAAACACACAAUUGCCUCCUACUUCAGAAACAUUAGCACCGCCGGUGGCAAAGCAAGAACCCCAUGUUGAUUUGAAGGCAGAACGACCCCCAGCAUCAAAGCCGAAACCACUUCCCAUUUCGAAACCGAAUCCAGUGCCACCUUCAAAGCCACAACCACCUCCUGUUCCAGAACCGCAACCGGCUCCUGCCUUAAACACACAAUUGCCUCCUGCUUCAGAAACAUUAGAACCGCCAGUGGCAAAGCAAGAACCACAUGUUGAUUCGAAUGCGGAACGUCCUCCAGCAUCAAAGCCGAAGCCGCUUCCUUCAAAGGCACAAUCACCCCCUGCUUCUGAACCGCAACCGGCUCCUGUCUUAAACAGACAAUUGCCUCCUGCUUCAGAAACAUUAGCGCCUUCGAUUCCAGAGCCAGAACUAGAUGCUGAGGUGAAAGCGGAACCACCUCCGGCAUCAAAGGCGAAGCCAAUUCUCAAAUCGAAACCAAAUCCAUCAGUUCCUUCAAAGGCACAACCUACUCCUAUUUCAGAAGCAACACCUGGCGGCGACUCUAACCCACGACCUCCACCAGCUUCGAAAAAGGCAGCUCUCCCUAAUUCGAAAAUACAAUUACCCAGUGUUUCAGGAGCACAACCCGUUGUGAUUGCGAAAAAACAAAAAGUUCCUAGUUUAAAGUCACAAUUAACGCCUCUUUCACAAGCGGAAUCCGGUCCUGCUUCCGAACCACAGCCCGCUCUCACUGCCGAGUCGCAGAAAUGUUUUCCUCCAGUGCUGCCAAACGAAACAGCAGAUAGUCAACUUCAAUUAGGUGACAAUGUGUUAACAGCUGAGAAUCAUGUGAAGAAGAAUGAAAUCGAUUUAGCAAUAGCUGCAUAUCAACGUGUUCAGCCUACCUCCGCUGCUGUACUUUUUCAGCUUGGUUGUUUGUAUGCGGAUAAAAAAAUGGACUCCGACAAUGCGCUCGCCUACUUUUCGGAAGCACUUAAAUUGCAAGAAGAAACGGGUGAAAAUGCUGCUGAUACACUAACCCAACUUGGUUUAAUACAUGACGAACGCAAUGAAUUCGACUUGGGUUUGGAAUACCACACUCGUGCAAUCAAAGUAUACGAAUCUAGUGAACCAUUGGCUCAAACCUCUAUAGCUACUAAUCUAAUUGGUAUUGCGAAUGCUCAUCGAGAUCGACAAGAAUUAUCAGAAGCACUUGAUAAUGCCCAACGAGCUCUCUUGAUACAAAAAUCUUUGGUACCCAUCGACGAAUCAAGUGUAGCAACCACAUUAGCAGCACUUGCCAAUAUUCAUUACGACCUUGGCGAUACUUCUCAAGCACUGGACUUGGAUAUGAAAGCAUUGGAAGUGUUUGAACGUUUACUUCCGCCAAAUGCCCCCGCAUUGGCUGCAGUACUCAACAAUCUAGCUGCGAUAGAAGUGAGUUUGGGUGAGCUAUCUGAAGCUCGACAAUACUUUGAACGAGCGUUAGCAAUUUUUCAAGAAAAUCUUCCAUCCGGUCACCCUAAUCUAGCCAAACUAGAGAUUAAUAUUCAACGUACCAAAGAAAUCCAACAGCUAGAAGAAGACGAUUUACAAGACGAAUCAUGA